CUCAACAUCACCGCCGAGCACGCAGCUACUUAAAUACCACCUUGCCUCUCUGCUGCCUCUCCAUCCUCCCCCAUCGCCCGUUACCCACCCCGACCUCAAGCCGAGCCUGCUUCAGCUUCGGGAUCACAAUCUCUUCACUUUCUCACACCCUUUCCCUUCAUUUUCGCUCUCCAAACCCUCGUUGCAAAAUGUCGGCUGAACCAGACCACGCGAAGCCCAAGGUGGAUCUCUCCAAGGACCCCUCCGGAGCCGAGCAUAGAGAUACCGACGAGACUGCAACAGCCAUCCUCAAGAAAAAGAAGAAGCCGAAUUCGCUGAUCGUCACCGAUGCCGUUAACGAUGACAACUCCAUCAUCGCCCUGUCGAACAACACGAUGGAGACGCUGCAGCUAUUCCGCGGCGACACAGUCUUGGUCAAGGGCAAGAAGCGGAAAGACACGGUUCUGAUUGUCCUGGCUGACGAUGACCUCGACGAUGGCAGCGCACGGAUAAAUCGAGUUGUCCGCCACAACCUCCGUGUCAAGCACGGCGACAUCAUCUCUGUCCACCCAUGCCCAGACAUCAAAUAUGCGAAGCGCAUUGCAGUCCUUCCCAUCGCAGAUACCGUCGAGGGUAUCACCGGCUCAUUAUUCGACGUUUUCCUCGCCCCAUACUUCCGAGAAGCGUACCGACCCGUCCGGCAAGGCGAUACUUUUACAGCCCGCGGAGGCAUGCGACAAGUAGAGUUUAAGGUUGUCGAGGUAGACCCUCCAGAGUUUGGCAUCGUUGCCCAAGACACAGUCAUCCACUGCGAAGGGGAGCCGAUACAGCGCGAGGAUGAGGAAGGCAACCUCAACGAGGUCGGCUAUGACGAUAUCGGUGGGUGCCGAAAGCAGAUGGCUCAGAUUCGAGAGCUGGUUGAACUGCCCUUGAGGCAUCCCCAGCUCUUCAAGUCGAUUGGCAUCAAGCCCCCUCGCGGUAUCCUCAUGUACGGCCCGCCCGGUACCGGUAAGACGCUUAUGGCCCGAGCUGUUGCCAACGAGACUGGCGCCUUUUUCUUCUUGAUCAACGGUCCCGAGAUCAUGUCGAAGAUGGCUGGUGAAUCCGAGUCUAACCUGCGAAAAGCCUUUGAAGAGGCCGAGAAGAACUCACCGGCCAUCAUCUUCAUUGAUGAAAUUGACUCAAUCGCACCCAAACGUGAGAAGACCAACGGUGAGGUCGAGCGGCGUGUGGUUUCCCAGUUGCUUACCCUGAUGGACGGCAUGAAGGCCCGGUCAAAUGUCGUCGUCAUGGCCGCCACCAAUCGACCAAACUCCAUCGAUCCCGCUCUUCGACGUUUCGGGCGGUUCGACCGUGAGGUUGACAUCGGCAUCCCCGACCCUACUGGACGUCUUGAAAUUAUGCAGAUCCACACUAAAAACAUGAAGCUUGGGGAUGACGUCGACCUUCAGACAAUUGCCGCCGAAACCCACGGUUACGUCGGUUCCGAUUUGGCCUCGCUCUGCUCCGAGGCUGCCAUGCAACAGAUUCGUGAGAAGAUGGAUCUCAUUGACUUGGAUGAGGACACAAUCGAUGCCGAGGUCCUCGACUCUCUCGGUGUCACCAUGGAGAACUUCCGCUUCGCUCUCGGUGUCUCCAACCCAUCGGCUCUUCGUGAAGUUGCUGUUGUCGAGGUUCCCAACGUUCGCUGGGAGGACAUUGGUGGUCUUGAAGACGUUAAGCGCGAGCUCAUUGAGAGCGUGCAGUACCCCGUCGAUCAUCCCGACAAGUUCCUCAAAUUCGGUCUCUCCCCAUCUCGAGGUGUGCUCUUCUAUGGCCCGCCUGGUACGGGUAAGACCUUACUCGCUAAGGCCGUUGCCAACGAGUGUGCUGCCAACUUUAUUUCAAUCAAAGGCCCCGAACUACUAUCCAUGUGGUUUGGUGAGUCUGAGAGCAACAUUCGAGACAUCUUUGACAAGGCACGAGCUGCCGCACCCUGCGUCGUCUUCCUCGAUGAACUGGAUUCUAUUGCCAAGUCACGUGGUGGAUCUGUUGGUGAUGCUGGUGGCGCCUCUGACCGUGUUGUCAACCAACUGCUGACUGAAAUGGACGGUAUGACCUCAAAGAAGAAUGUCUUUGUCAUUGGUGCCACGAAUCGCCCAGAGCAACUUGACAAUGCCCUCUGCCGUCCCGGACGUCUCGAUACGCUCGUCUAUGUUCCUCUGCCUGACCAGUCUUCUCGCGUUGGCAUUUUAAAGGCCCAGCUCCGCAAGACUCCGGUCGCUCCCGAUGUCGAUUUAGAGUACAUUGCCGCCAACACUCACGGGUUCUCCGGUGCCGAUCUCGGCUUUGUCACUCAGCGUGCCGUCAAGCUUGCUAUCAAACAGUCCAUUUCGAUGGAAAUUGAGCGCACCAAGGCCCGUGAGGCUGCUGGUGAGGACACCGAGAUGGACGAGGCCGACGACCUCGUCCCAGAGCUCACCAAGGCCCACUUCGAAGAGGCCAUGCGCUCGGCCCGCCGAUCAGUUACCGACGUUGAAAUCCGCCGAUAUGAGGCUUUCGCUCAGAGUAUGAAGAACUCCGGUGGCUCAAGCUUCUUCCGCUUCCCAGAGGACGAUAACGCACAGAGCGACUCCAACCCCUUUGGUACAGCGGGUGAGGACGAGGAUCUGUACAACUAAGGGAUCGGCUUUCUUCGUUCAUAUGGUGGGUCAUGGGCUUGUCUUUUCAGGCGCUUAUACGAUCAUCUUCCCUUUACCAUAUCAUUGGGGAGAUAUAGACUGAGUUAGUAAUUCCUCUCUGGUUUUCCAAACGAGAAGAUGCAGGCGCCUCUUUUCUAGCCAAGGCGGAAGAUGGAAGGUGGUUAGUCUACGAAGGGAACCUGCAUCAUGCUGUGCAUAAGGGUCUUUUUACUCGGAUAUGAUGAUAGCGUGGAAAUGACAUGUAUGCAUGCUUAGAAAUGUGUGUGUUUGUUGGU